UGUGUUAAUCGUUACUAUACGUUGUUAUUGUAUGCAUCUAUAUACAUACAUAUAUCAAUUUGCGACGUUGAUAAUUGGGUUAAUUUUGUUAUAAAAUCUAAAAAAAUUAAGUUUAUCAAUUGAGAUAUGAACCUGUAAACGUCAUCGUAAAUCACAAAAUGUGAAGUUUCUCGCGAGAUGGUGGAUUGUAUUACCAUAUGCAACAGCGCUUGCAUAACAUGCAUCUGGUGUAUCCUCUUUUCAGUAUGUUUUCCAAGAUUUUCAAAGAAUCUUAGAAGAGUGGAUUCGAGCGAAUGUUGCGUACGUAGAAAGCCAAAGCAGAAACAUCGAAGAAUACGUUCGCAUGAUUUUCCGAAAUGCUUGAGAGCUGACUCAGAUCAUGAGCGGCGGAGAUUCAAAAAUUCUUCUUGUUGUGAAUAUAAUCGAAAAGAUCAACAAGAAUGUCGAUUGCAUCAUAGGGAAAAAAUAUGCACUCAAUCAGGAAAAUGUCAGAACCUGCAUUGGUGUACAGAAAAGAAUAAGGAAAUCUCGCAGAUAUGUAACAAACAAAUUGAACAUUCAAAUAAUUACAAGUCGGAUGAUUCUUUAAACAAGAGGAAUAGUACAAAUGCAAACUUAAAAUACGAAACAAUCUGCACUGAAGGUCUCCUGACUUCGAAGAUCCAGAUUAUAGACAAAGAUUAAGAAUUUUACAUUGCCGAUAGAGAUUUAAGAAGAGUUAUUUGUCUAGAUUUGUGUUUUCUUUUAAAUAAACUUGA